AAGGAGCCGGAAGUCCUCACUCCGUCCAAAAUGGCUUACCAGACUCUACAGCAGGAAUAUUUUCAAAUUCCUGUCGUAACCAGGGCAUAUACAACGGCAUGUGUCCUGACAACGGCUGCAGUGCAACUUGAACUCAUCACACCUUUUCAACUAUAUUUCAAUCCAGAUUUGAUUUUAAGGAAUUACCAGGUAUGGAGAUUAAUAACCAACUUCCUCUUUUUCGGUCCAGUCGGCUUCAACUUCCUGUUCAAUAUGAUUUUUUUGUACAGAUACUGUCGUAUGCUGGAGGAGGGCUCGUUCAGAGGACGCACCGCUGACUUUGUCUUCAUGUUCCUCUUCGGUGGACUCCUGAUGACUAUAUUUGGCAUUUUUGUCAGUCUGGUGUUCCUGGGCCAGGCUUUCACCAUCAUGCUGGUUUAUGUCUGGAGUCGACGUAACCCAAACGUGCGCAUGAACUUCUUUGGUCUGCUCAACUUCCAAGCACCCUUCCUACCCUGGGUGCUGAUGGGAUUCUCUCUGUUGCUGGGCAACUCCAUCAUUGUGGAUCUAUUAGGGAUUGCGGUUGGCCAUGUGUACUUCUUCCUGGAGGAUGUGUUCCCUAACCAGCCCGGGGGAGGCCGGUGGCUCAGGACCCCCUCACUCAUAAAGAUGCUUUUUGACACACCGGAGGAGGACGCAAACUACAACCCCCUCCCUGAGGAACGCCCAGGAGGGUUUGCCUGGGGGGAGGGACAGCAUCUGGGGGAUCAGUAAUGCCAGCCAGACGGGUCACUCAUAUGGACAUUCCUUCAGUGAACGAUGAAGGGGACAAACAUGUUCUGUCUUAGACAUGUUUCUUUUUGUUCCGGACAAUUAAUGCCAAACUUAAGAAGUGGGAGGUAUCCAUGUUGUCGUUUUUGUAUAUGACUUACCAUACCUGGAAAAACUCGUGUUGAUGCGAGAUUGUUGCAAAAAAAAAAAAAAGACUAUUUAAAGAGAAACUCCCAAGGACUGUUUAUCAUGGAUCUUUAUGCAUUGUUGAGGCUUGUCUCAUGAAAACUUUUUUUUUUAACGAUUGACACGACAACCGUAGAUUAUAUUUGAAUUAUUUCAAUCAUAAGUGUUUUUUUCCCUUUUUAUUAUCCAAAAAAAUAAAUGCGUGAGUGGCAAAUUCAUAGUCGGGUUGGGUUAAUCUUUUGUUUUAGUAUACCAGUAUAUAUAAUCCAUGUGUGCAUGAGAUUGAAGACUGCAGAUUAUCUUGUUAAAUUGAUUCAGGGUAAUGUGUGUCUUAAUGUUUGUGUAUAAUAUUUUUCUUCUACCAUUUACACUUGAUUGUGACCUGCUUGUGUAUUCCGAGGAUAUUAUACACAAGGUGUAUAUUGUUACCUACUUCAGCCCCAUGAAAAAAAAAGAAUCAAGAUGCCUGACUGAGUUUCCCCAAAAAAUGGUUGCAUUUUCCAGAAUUUGUGAACCCUGUGUUGCGAAUGUUUAUUUUUUUAUUGUGUAUAUAUAUGAUUUGUUCUAAAACCCAUAAAAAAAUGCUUUCCAUUA